AUGGGACUCACUAUCAAGAACACAGCAGGAACGAAGGCCGGUGAACAGAAAAGGCAAGCAGACGCGGAACUAAACAGCAUGCUCACCUAUCUCCGAGACAAAGCCAAGGAGCAAAACCAAAAGAGACAUUUCAGGAAUACAGACACAGCCAUUUUUAAUCAACAAUAUGAGGGCUCUUCCGAACUCGUGAGCAGCGACGGACAGAGCCAAUUACCUCGCUACUAUCAUAUCCGUGAGCGGGCGGAGCUCGUCCGUCUUCUGUGCUACUCCGCGCUCGCGGAAACAACAGAGAAUGCCCACCAUCGCCAGCUCGAGUAUGUACGCCUUCUAGUCCGCUGGCAGCAUCGAAAGGAAAGCCCACGUCGAGGCAGGCAGGCGGCCAUCACCAUACAACACAUGCCAACUCCGACACCACCAAAAGUCAGAGUUAUUCCCGAAAAAUAUGAUCCCUUACAAUGUCCAUUCUGCCUCUCUAACACGCGCCUACCCCCACUUGACCGUGUAAGGAGAAAAUGCAAGAUGAAUAAACUGUGGGAUCACGUGGAGAAGAUUCAUUGCCAGGAACUAGCUGCAUUUGACACUGGUAAUCGCCGUUGUGGGAUAUGCAGCAUAAGAGAUAUUGACUUUUUGCCUUCAAGCAGAAACGAGUUCAAGAACCAUACCCAGACAGUUCAUGGAAUCAGACUACGUCCGUGA